GCCAGGGGCACACUGGAGAUCAGUGUUUUUAAAAUAUUUAAAACAUAUUAUGUGCUCAGGCCUAUAACUGACUGAUUGACCAAACGAUUCAUUCUGCUUGUUUGUGGUGAGGUUUUGGGUCAUUCACCUCGCCAUAAACUCUUGAUCAACUAUGUGAGCACAUGCUAGCUCGGUUGCACCAACAUCAACCAUGCUGAAGCUGGGGCGCAGCAGCAGCGCUGGAGUCACUGAGCCGACGAUCAUUUCAGACAGCUCCGUAUGGAUUUGACGUCGGCAUACGUUGAUGCUUGAUGUUUUACAAGGGGCCGUUAAGCGAUUAUUUCGAGGAUGGGGGAACCCUGUGACCUUAAACACUUCGUAAAGUGUGGCGUCACUAUGGAUGGGUCAUUUCUCUGAUUGGGAUUAUUCUUGGCCAGCAGCCUCUUCAGGCCUACUAAUCCUAGACGAGUUUCUCAAUGGACACACUGCUCAAGUCAGAGAUCAGAGAGGAAGGGAGUGGUGCUUCGGUAAAGGUCGAGGGCCUAUCAAAGUCAGCUCUAAUAAAAAGCUUGUCUCCCAGAGUCAUUUUGUCCAACCAUCUCUUGCCAAAAGGGACCAAGAUGAGGGUCAACCUUGAAGAUCAGGGUCGUCAGAAAGUGUCCUUCAGCUUCUCGCAAACAAAGAAACCUCUACAAAGUCCAUUCUUCAUCCCUUCCAGUCCUGAUAAGUCAGUCGCAGAACCUCAUGCUGCCUUGUCACAGUCAACCUUGGACAAAGCGGGAAAGAAUACAGAAGGCAAAACUGAGCAAAAGCUGACACCCUUGGUGCCAAUAUCCAGAGCAGAGACACUCUCUCAAACAUCUGUCUCAUCCUCCACUAGAUUAAAAACAAACUCAUUAAAGAUGCAUUUCAAAAAGCAAAUUUUGAAUGUAUCUGUGCACGAAAAGAAGCCGUCUGUUACAACAGAAGACCCGCACCCCUCUGAACUUGAUGUUUUGACAAAAUCAGCAAAUAACAGUGAAGCUGAAUUCCCAGAGCCUCAGCUUCAGAAUGCCUCUGAAAUGUUUUCCUCUGAAAAUGAUCUCACUGAAGCCUUGGAAACAAGGGAAGAUUCCAGCCUCAAAAAGCCAGAUGCUUCCUCAGGAAAAGAUGGCGAUAGUUCCAGCAGUACUGAUCGGGAUAAUGGAUACAAAAGGAAAACCAGGUCACAAUCGGAUGGUGCUCCCCCAUGCUCAGAAUCUGAUGGUGAUUUAGCCCACACGUCUUCCAGUCACAAAUCAGCUGAUUCAAGAAGUAAAACAAGCUUUGAAAGCAGAAGCAGAGAAGUUAAAAAAUCUUCCUCUGGGUCACAUGUAGGGGAGAGGGAAAGAAGCUCCUCUAAGCGGUCAGAGAUCCAUGAAAGGUCGUCCAGUUAUUCCAAAUCAGACCGCGAUUCUAGAACCACAUCCUCACGCUCAUCUCGAUCAGACAAGGAUCGCAGAAGGUCCAGGUCUAGAUCACGAUCUAGAUCAAGAGGGUCAAGAACAAGUUCAUCACACUCCAGAUCAGAGAGAUCCCGAGGUGACAGAGGAUCUCGCUCUGAUCGAUCAUACUAUCAUGAAUCUGAUCGACGAUCACACAGGAGUUCUCCACGCAGGGAAAGAAGACGUUCUCGUUCUCGCACAGACAGACCUCGGGAUAGUUCUGACUCUGAAGAAGAUCAUAGGAAAACGAGGACGAGGGCAAGUGACUCCAGCAGGUCAUGCAACUAUUCAAGCUCGUAUCGAGAGUCAAAAUCUUCUUCGUAUUCAAAAUCUGAGAAAGGCUCUAAAUCUGUAGAUUCUUCUCACUCUUCAGAGUUUGAGAAAAGAACACAAUCGUCAAAAUCUGAAAGGACUUCAAAGCGAUCAUCAGACUCGGAUUCCCAGCACAAACGCUCCCCUGAUGCAGACUCUAGUUACCGUAAAUCUAGCAGUCAUCACAAGUCAGAGACCAACAGUAAAUCCUCUUCUUCCAGUAUUCUUACCCCGUCUCAAACACAUGGCAAACACCAAAAAAUCAGCUCCAGUGAUUCUGAGGCAGAUCAUAAAGGUAAAUCACAACCUUCUGAGAAAAGCGAUGGCCCUGUGGAGAACUAUAAAGACUCUCAAAAGAAAACAGAUAGGGCAGAGUCAAAACAGAUAACACCUUCUAGAUCUUCUGUGAAAUCACCUGGACAUGAUAGACAAUCAAAUGACAUAUUUUACAAUCCUGACACAGCACCAUCAUGUGCAACCACAGUAGAAUCUUGUCCUCAGAGUGAAAAAGAAAAAUCUGAUUCACAACAAGGUGGAUAUGAACACGGUAAUCUGGAUGUUAAAGAGGGAGCCUCAUCUACUUAUAAGACUGUGCAAGAAUCUUCAUCGAAGACAGAGCAAGAAGGAGAAUCUGGAUUUGAAAUGGAAAAUGAUGUUAAUGCCCCGGUUAUAACUACAAGUGAAAGCAUGAAGGAUAAUAGCAUCACUCUUGAAAACAAUGUGCAGAAUAGCCUAUCCUCUGAUAAUCAGUCACAUGUGAACUUAGACGAAGCUGCCACAAUUUCAUGCAAAAGUGACGAGAGUCUAACGUGCAAACAGGAAGAGAAAGUCUCUGAUCGUUCGCCUUCACCAAAGUCCUCUCUUGAUACGGACGAUGCAGCAGUCACACACUAUGUACAGCCAAACACUAAACCAGAGAUUGUUGAGCCUGAUAAAGUUUUCAGUGUUGAAAACCAGCCUGACUCAAGUGUGCCACUCACAUCUGAUCUGACAUGUCUUGAAUCUGAAAAUCAACUUGUGCUAGGACAGCAAACUCCAGAUACUGUUAAAAAAAGUGGCUGCACUACUAGAAAGUCGCGGUGGGAUAUCGUCGGGCAGGACGCCUCAGACAGUGAUAAUGCACACAGAGCAGUUUGUGCAGAGAAUAAGCCUAGUGUGAAAAAAGUGAUAUCUGUCAAGAAAAUUGAGUUUGCUAAAGACAGCAUCCAACAAGGAACUGACGGUAAAGAUUGUAUCUGGCAUGAAGCUGCUACACAUUCCAAACCAGUUCAGCAGACUGAACCCGCCAAGCAGGACAUCUUUUCAGACAUCUUAUUCAUGACCCGUACGUACAAUGACCAAAGUGAACCAUCACAAGCGAGCACCAGCAUUGACCACUGUGACUUAGCACUUACUGCUUUGCAAAAAUCUAACACAGAUGAGCCUGUGUGCAGAGAUGAAAUGCCUCAAAUUAAGUCAGCUGCAGAGACACAAAAUCAGAGUUUUGAUAACAGCAAACAUAAAUCCAUGGAGAGCUGUUUGACUAAAAGAACACCAGUCAGUCAGGGUGAAUUAGGAGGACAAAGUGAAGCCAGCGACAGUGACAACUCUGAGUAUGACUCUGAUUGCGACAAGGCUAUGAAACAGUUGCAUUCUGUUGUAGUCGUGCCAAAAAAUUCUUCUGUGACAAAAGCUCCAGAUGACAGGGACACUUCUCCGUGCAGACCUGCUAAUAUUUCAGAACUGCCCAACGCCCAUACAACAGCUGGAGUGAAUAUCCAUGAAGUCCCAAAUCAAGUCCGUUUACAGCUAAUACAACCCACAACAAGGCCCAGUGUAAAUGACUCACUCAAUAUCCAUGUGGUGUGUCAGUCCCAGAGCAAUAUGAUUGAUAGCACCAGUCACUCAGAGGGUUCCAGCUCCAUCAGUGCCCAGCCUUUUGUGGCUGAUCAUCUCAGCACCCAUGGAAGUGCAACAGAUUCGAUACUCGAUAACUCCAGUCAGUGUGAGAAAGGGCUCAAACAACAUGAGAUAAGCAGCCAAAAUGAACAGAUCUACUCGCAUUACCAACAUCAUGAUUUCUCCACUGUGGAUAAUAUCAACAACAAGAGCGGAUUCAGCCUGGGCUGGGAUUUUUCUCAAAUAGAACAGCCUACUAGUACAUGCCAGCAGCCUGAUAGCAGUCACGGGCCACAGUUAGCAAACACUAUACAAACUGGAGCCAUUUUGAAGGCCCAAGAGCACAGACAAAAUCUUGCCUUCUGCACAAACCAGUUCCCAAACAUACAGACUAGCGCAAAGCCUUACCUCCAUGAUCAUGAACAUUAUCAUGAAACUCCCAGUCAAAUCCACCCUGACUCUCUUACUAAUGACCAUGAUGACUAUAGUGGGGAUAAAUCCUCUAGUCUUAGUAAAACAGCUGAUGAAUGCAGUGUGCUGAACAUUCCGGGUUCAUCAAGCUUUGUGCAAGGUUAUGAAAUAAGCAGUAACAGCAGGGGCUCUGUCGUACCUGACCCCCCUAGAGAGGAAAGUUUUAGACCCCACAGAGGAAGAGGUCCACCCAAGAAAAGGCGCCCAGAAAUCGAGUCGGACUCAGAUAACGAGGCUGAAGCUGGACCUUCAAGCAAAAAGGACCGCCAAGGGGAUGCUGAUGUUUCUAAGGAAGCUUUUGUAAAAGCUGAGGUGCACCGACCUUCAUACACUCUGCGGGACUUUCAAGAUGCCUCCAGAUGGAAAGAGCAGGCCAAGUCUAAAAAGAUGCCCCCUUACUUUGACUUGAUUGAGGAAAACCUGUACUUGACUGAGAGAAAGAAAAGCAAAUCUCAUCGAGAUAUCAAGAGGAUGCAGUGUGAGUGCCCAGUGCUGCCUAGAGAGGACCGUGCACGGGGAGUGUUAGCCUGCGGGGAAGACUGUUUGAAUAGACUGCUAAUGAUUGAAUGCUCAUCACGGUGCUUGAAUGGAGCGUACUGCUCUAACCGUCGCUUUCAAAUGAAACAGCACGCAGACUUCGAGGUUAUCCUUACAGAAGACAAAGGCUGGGGACUUCGAGCAGCUAAAGACUUGGCAUCAAACACAUUUGUCCUGGAAUACUGCGGUGAGGUGUUGGACCACAAAGAGUUCAAAACAAGGGUUAAAGAAUACGCUCGCAAUAAAAACAUUCACUACUAUUUCAUGUCUCUAAGGAAUAACGAAAUUAUUGAUGCAACACUGAAGGGUAAUUGCUCUCGGUUCAUGAACCACAGCUGUGAACCAAACUGUGAAACCCAAAAGUGGACUGUUAAUGGCCAGCUUCGAGUUGGGUUUUUCACCACCAAGGCUGUCACUGCUGGAACUGAACUGACAUUUGACUACCAGUUUCAGAGAUAUGGGAAAGAAGCACAGAAAUGCUUCUGUGGGGCAACCAGCUGCAGAGGCUUCCUGGGUGGAGAGAACAGAGUUAGUGUUCGAGCAGCUGGAGGGAAGAUGAAGAAAGACCGCAGUCGAAAGAGUGCUCUCACCACGGUGGAUGAGGAGCUGGAAGCAUUACUGGAAAAUGGAGAAGGCCUGUAUGAUGAGAAACAGGUGGUGUCUCUCUGCAGACUUAUGGUCCGGGUGGAAACCAUGGAGCAGAAACUCAUCUGUCUCAAGCUCAUACAAGAUACUCAGAAUCCAUCUUGCCUGAAGCAGUUCCUAGACCAUCAUGGAUUAUCUUUGUUAUGGAUCUUCAUGGUGGAGCUUUCUGAAGCUAAAGGCAACAGUGCCAAUAACAUCAAAUUGCAGUUAGAGAUUAUGAAGACCCUGGCUGUACUUCCCAUUUCAACAAAGAACAUGCUGGAGGAAAGCAGAGUCCUGACCUUCAUUCAGCGAUGGGCUCAAACAAAAACCCUCCCCCAGCAGGCUGAGAUGGACGGCUACUCCAGUGAGAACACCUCCCGUGCCCAAACUCCACUAAACACUCCUGAUGGUUCCUCCAACAAACUGGGACCAGAACUGGAUGGUGACACCUCCAAACCUGCUGUUUACAGACGUCUUAAAAUCAUCAGUGAAAACAGUCUGGAUAGCGCUCUCUCUGAUGCUAGCAAAGCAUCUGAUGGGAAGGAGGAGGAGGAGGAGGAGGAUGAAGAAGACGAUGAAAAUUCGCAUGCAGAUCCUUCUGAUGGAAAGCAGCUAAAGCAAGAGCCUUUGGGCGAAGUUGCUGAUCCAGUGAAAGAAUCUGUAAGUGAGUCUUUGAAAGAAGUCGUAGAAGAGAAACAUGAAGAGGAGGCGAUGAGUUCAAGCGCUCAGCUGCAACCUGAAAAUGAGGCUGUGAAAGACAAAAAUGAGUGUGAUGUUGAAAGGAAGGAUUCAGACCUGAAAGAGGGCACAGGUGAAGGUCAGAUAGAUACACUAUCUGAACUUCAGAUAGAGUCACAAGUUCCUGUUGAUGAACAGGAGAGUGCAGAGAACCAGACUGGCCAGAUGGUGUCGGAAAAAGCUGAAUUGGAAGGAGACCAGCCCACUGAUAAAGUUAAUGAGCCAGAAAGCCAACCCAGCCAAACAGAUGUUGCUGAUCUUCCUAGUGAGCAACCUUCAGAAAAUAUGGAGGUAAAAGAAGAAGCACAGGAGACUGAGAAACCUCCUACAAGCAGUGAGCCCCACUCUGGUGAAUCUACCACUGAUGCCCCCCUGACCUCUGAGACACCAGAAGCCGCUGCGUCCUCUGAGGUCACAGCAGUGCCCGUCGAGCCAUCAGUGAUGGGGACUCCUUCUCAGGAUGAAGAGGAAGGUGUCUCAGAUGUGGAGAGUGAGAGAAGUCAGGAGCCCCAACUGAAUGUUUUGGACAUAAGUGGCAUGGCUGCCAGACUUCUGGAAAGCUGGAAAGAUUUGAAGGAGGUGUACAGGAUACCAAAGAAGAGUCAAGUAGAAAAAGAAACAAGAGAUCGCAGCCGAGAUCGAGACACAGCUUUGACACCACGCACCACUUCUGGCAGUCGAGAACGAGAGCGAGAGAAGCAGAGAGACCGAGAUUAUGACCGAGAUUAUGACCGAGACAGGGAUCGAGACUGGGACAGGGAAAGAGACCGAGAUCGGGAUCGAGAUCGGGAUCGAGAUCGGGAUCGUGACCGUGACCGUGACCGGGAUCGGGAUCGGGAUCGUGACCGGGAUCGGGAUCGGGAUCGGGACAGAGUCUCAGACAAAACUUCUCGCAGCUCGGAGCGUCGGAGAAGACGCUCCCUGUCUCCACCACCCUCAUCCUAUGAGAGGAGCAGCCGACGCACUGAGGAACGGUUUGACCCAUCAAACAGCAAGACUCCAAGAGGAGCUGCUGGAAAGGAGCGCAACAAGCUGACAACAGAGGAGCGUAGAAAGUUGUUUGAACAGGAAGUUGCUCAGAGGGAAGCCCAGAAGCAACAGCAACUUCAACAACAGCAGCAGCAGCAACUCCAGACUAUGGCUUAUGACCCGACCCUGGCCUACGCCUCUAGCCCUAGCUUCAUCACCUAUCCUCCUGGAUAUCCCAUCCAGACUUUUGUGGAUCCUUCCAACCCCAAUGCCGGCAAAGUCCUUCUUCCUACCCCUGCCGUUGAGCCCACCAUCAGCUAUGAACAAACUCCUCCUCAGCGCCUUAUCUCAGACUUGGGCCUGCCGUCUCCACCCUCCACAUCCCAAACCACUCCAGCAUCUAAUCUUUCUCAGCACAUCACCACCACUAACCUCACCACUGGCAACCCCCAGCAGUAUGCCCAGCCAACUGUAGCAACCCAGGAUGCAGGAGUAGCUGUCCUCUCUGUGCCGGCCCAAUCAGCCCCCCAGGUACAGGGCCAGCAGAGCUACACCACUCUCUGGGAUCCAGCAACCCAGCAGGCAGUGACGGUGCAGACGCAGCCUGCACAACAGUAUCCCACAGCUCCAGGACAGGCUCAGACACAGACUGCCAUCUAUUACCAAGGUCAGCCUUGUCAGACCAUCUACAGCAUCCCCACUGCCUACCCUCAGGCCAGCACUCCUGUCAUACAGGCAUACACCGAACCAGCAGCCAGCUACCUGCAUGGCCAGCCUGUGUAUCCUGGUCAUCAACAGGGAGUGGUAGUGCAGCAGGGAGGCACAGUAACAACCAUCGUCACUUCCCAAACUGUCCAGCAGGAAAUGAUUGUACCCAACAAUGUGAUAGACCUGCCUCCUCCCUCUCCCCCUAAACCCAAAACCAUUGUCCUACCUCCUAACUGGAAAGUGGCCCGGGACCCUGAAGGAAAAAUCUACUACUACCAUAUUGUCACAAGGCAAACCCAGUGGGACCCACCCACCUGGGAAGGAAGCAGUGACAACACUAGUGUAGACCAUGAAUCUGAGAUGGACCUGGGAACACCUACCUAUGAUGAGAAUCCUUCCAAGUUCUCUACAAAAACAGCCGAAGCAGAUACUUCCAGUGAACUGGCUAAAAAGAGUAAAGAGACAUUUCGGAAAGAGAUGUCCCAGUUCAUAGUGCAAUGUCUAAAUCCUUAUCGGAAGCCAGACUGCAAAUCGGGACGCAUCAGCAACACAGAAGAUUUCAAACACCUGGCUAGAAAGCUAACUCAUGGUGUUAUGAAUAAGGAGUUGAAAGCUUGCAAAAACCCUGAGGACCUCGAGUGCAACGAGAAUGUGAAGCACAAGACCAAGGAGUACAUCAAAAAGUACAUGCAGAGAUUUGGUUCUGUGUACAGACCCAAGGAGGACACCGAGGUGUACUGACCUGUUGCCUCUGCGCUCACACAGGAGAAGCACAGAUUUGCCUUUCCAUUCACUCCUUCACAUUUGAUCUGGCCAGCCUGAACAGUGAAGUAGUUUCUUUAUUUUUUGUUUUUUUGUAUUUAUGGCUAAGAAUUGCACUGCUGCAUAAAGAAGCUCUCCAGGCCUCGUGGAUUGCAUGGGAAGCCCAGCAGCCCGAGUGUUGCUGAACAACCCAAGACUCCAGCUGCAGUGUUUGCGAAGGAUGACACUGAGGGGUGCUAUAGUUCUCGCAGACUGUUUCAAUUUUAGAUUUCUUUUUUCCUCUCAUUUGGGCUCUUAAAUGUUCCUGAGAUGAUCACCUCUAUUCCAGUUUUUAAACUUACGUAGCCCUGAAUGAGGAUUAUUUAAAAAUAAUUCACUCGAUGUUUGUUUCCACUGUUAAAAAUGGAUCAAUGACAGAACAGGCCAGUCGCAACUCCUCCUUGACAGCCUCCUUUUUCCUGUGCACGUGUCAGCCCCUUUCCACUGACUCGGAAUCUGGUGCUGCUUUUAACUGGGCUGUGGAGGUCCAAGCUUCCACUCCUCAAACCCAGCCUUCAUCACAAGACUUUGGAGUGUCUUUUGUUUUAUGAAUGCAUGUUGCCGGCUGAGGCGUGUGUGGUUUCCUUAUGGAAAUUCCUACAUUUUUCAUGUUUUUUGCUUAAAGUAAUGUGCCCUCACUGGGAAAAACUUUUAUGCUGAGGGAUCAGCAAAUAACAAGCAGGUUGGAAUAGGGGUUAGUGGUCAAUGAUUUCUUGUCUUUUAUCAAUUAACAAGAGCAGGGUUUAAAUCCAUUCUGUGAUGUGCUAUUUAGCUAUGUAUCCGUUUUUCCCCUCCAUUUCUUAUCCAGAUCUUUUUUACACAGUGGUGAUACUGAAAAUGAAGGUUGUAGCAUUGCAGUUUUAACAGUUGCUAAAAAAAAAACACAAACGUCCGCUCUGAGUCUUUUUACCACAGUUACCUUUAGUUAGACAUUAACACUUGGGAUGGUCAGCCUUGCUCCACAAACUGUCCCUUAUUAAUUUCCAGGGGUUUUACAGUUGACAGUAAAGGUUGUCUCUUUAGCAUUAGGUCAACAUUUUCUCUCAGCCCAUUAAAUUGCAUUAAAUAAAGUUCCAACACAUGUAUAUUGCUUUAUAUGUGAAUAUAUUGAAUAAUAGUUUUGGGAAUGUUUAAAUAAGCAGACACUUUGUAAAAGGACUAUCAUUUCAUGGUUGAAAGUGUAAAUAAUGUGUAAAAUUACUAAAACUGUAUGCAGGAGAGAAGGGUCACCACCCAUCCUCACCAGCUCCGUUCUCCUGAUGCAGUUCCCACAGUCUGUCAAACUCAAAGCCCUCUUAUUUUAUUUCAGUGUCUGGGGGAGAUAUUAAAGUUUUUUUUGUUUUGUUUUUUUCUUAUUAUUGGUGGUGUUUUUUAUUAUUAUUUUUCUAUGUAAAAAGUUCCACCCUACUUUACUGUAAGUAUUGUGUAAGCACAUUGUCAUACCGAGUGUACAAACAUUUUAAAAGAUAAUAAACUGUUUUUUGUAAAAUCA